AUGUUGGGAAACACAGUAGACGGCGAUGCCCUGCGUCGCACCCAAUCAUCAAUGUGGCAGCAGCAGCAGCCUAUUUCACAACAAACCGUCGAAGGUGGACAGCACAACCCUACAAGCAGUAGAUCCUCCGAUACGGAUGUCGUCCAAGAAGGAAAAUGGGGAGAGCGUGGCCAAGAAGAUGUCACGGCGCAAGAAGCGAUGCAAGAAUUCGAGUCUCUAAGGCACAACCUGAUGAGCCUGCACAAGACAAGAACGACAGAAACACAGGCAAGCAGGGGAAAUGCAAGCAGAAGAGCGAGCACCGCUGCUCGAGUUUCUUCAGCAAAGAAUCGCCACAAUGUUGACGAUGACGACUCCAAGACAGAUGUCGAAGCUGGUCCCGAGGAGAGCGAAGGUUUCGAAUUAGGCCAGUUCAUGCGUGAAGGUCAUUUCGAAAAGCGAUCCGAGCAGGAUGGAUCACUAAAGCGAGUCGGAGUUGUGUACGAAAACCUCAUUGUCAAAGGUGUUGGCAGCACAACAUCUUUUGUUCGAACGGUUCCCGAUGCUAUCCUCGGAACUUUUGGCCCCGAUCUUUACAAAAUACUCACUCGGUAUUUCCCGUCUCUCCGUUUUGGAAAGGCUCCGACCCGAACACUCAUCAAUGACUUCACCGGCUGUGUUAGAGAUGGUGAGAUGAUGCUUGUCCUGGGACGACCCGGUGCUGGUUGCAGUACGUUCCUCAAGGCCAUCAGCAACAGCCGCGAGUCGUAUGCUGCCGUCGAGGGAGAGGUAUCCUACAGUGGCAUUUCUGCGGCCGAUCAGAAGAAGCACUACCGAGGCGAGGUCAACUACAACGGUGAAGACGAUAUCCAUUUUGCUUCUCUAAGCGUAUGGAAGACGCUUGCAUUUGCACUGAUGAACAAGACCAAGGUCAAGGAAAAGGCUGAUAUUCCUGUCAUCGUGGAAGCCCUCAUGAAGAUGUUUGGUAUCAGCCACACAAGAGGCACAGUCGUCGGUGAUGAGUACACUCGAGGUGUUUCUGGUGGUGAACGAAAACGAGUCUCUAUCGCAGAGACAUUGGCCUCCAAGUCUACUGUCAUGGCCUGGGAUAACUCUACCCGAGGAUUGGACGCGUCGACCGCCCUCGAUUACGCGCGAUCGCUUCGCAUCAUGACAGACAUCAGCAACCGAACCACUCUCGUCACCUUGUACCAGGCCGGUGAAGGCAUUUACGAGCUCAUGGACAAAGUUUUGGUCAUCGAUCAGGGCCGGCAGAUCUUCUCUGGACCUGCCAAUAAGGCCAAGCAGUAUUUUAUUGACCUCGGAUUCGAAUGCCCUGAACGACAGACAACCGCCGAUUUCUUAACAGCUAUCACCGAUCCGACUGAGCGACGCUUCCGACCUGGGUUUGAGAACCGCGCUCCUCGAACACCCGAGGACUUGGAGUCGGCCUUCCGCAACUCGCCAAACUACCAGGAGCUCUUGGCCGAUGUUGCAGCCUACAAGGAAUCUCUUCAACAGUCAAACUAUGAAGAUGCGAAGAGAUUCCAAGGCGCUGUUCAGGAGGCCAAGUCAAAGCAUGUCUCCGACAAGUCUUCCUACACAAUCUCGUUUCCUCGACAGGUUCUUGCAUGCACUAAGCGGGAAGCUUGGCUUCUAUUUGGUGAUACUACGACUCUCUGGACUAAGCUUUUCAUCAUUAUCUCGAACGGUCUCAUCGUGGGAUCUCUCUUCUACGGUCAAUCGGAAGACACUGAAAGCACUUUCAGUCGUGGUGGUACAAUCUUCUUUUCCAUUCUAUUCCUUGGUUGGCUUCAGCUGUCUGAACUCAUGAAGGCUGUUUCUGGACGUGCUGUCGUUGCUCGCCAUCAUGACUAUGCUUUCUAUCGCCCAUCUGCUGUCUCUCUUGCUCGCGUCCUACUUGACUUCCCUGUCAUAGGUGUUCAAGUUUGCAUCUUUGGUAUCACUAUGUACUUCAUGACCGGACUCGAUGUUGAAGUGUCAAAGUUCUGGAUCUAUCUGUUGUUUGUCUAUACCACGACCAUCAUGGUAACGGCAAUGUACCGCAUGUUUGCCAGCUUGUCCCCUGAAAUCGACACAGCUGUCCGGUUCUCUGGAAUCGCACUGAACCUACUUGUCAUUUACACUGGAUACGUUAUCCCAAAGACUCAGUUGCUAAAGGACUAUAUCUGGUUUGGUUGGAUAUACUGGAUUAAUCCCAUUAGCUAUAGUUUCGAGGCUGUCUUGACCAACGAACUGUCCGACAGGAACAUGACAUGUGCUCCGUCUCAAACUGUCCCCCAGGGUCCAGGAGUUGAGCCAGGAUACCAGGGAUGCGCUAUCAGUGGUGCUUCGGUCAACGCACGAUCAGUUUCCGGAAGCGACUACCUUGAAGCUGCCUACAACUACAGCCGUUCACACCUGUGGCGAAACUUCGGUGUUGUCAUUGCCUUUGCUAUCCUCUACAUCCUCGUCACAGUAUUGGCAACGGAGGUGGUAAGCUUUGCCGAAGGCGGCAGCGGCGGUGCCCUGAUCUUCAAGAAAAGUCGCAGGGCCAAAGAGCAAGCGCGCGAGGCUGAGGCACCCGUUGAUGAUGAGAAGGCCGUUGGGAAUGGUGCCAGUGGCUCGUCCGGGGUUGUAUCCGAUCCCAACCUGGGCAGCGAGGAAGAAGCACUGGAGCAAAUUACUGACAGCGAGUCCAUCUUCACAUGGCGAGACAUCGAGUACACGGUUCCUUACCUUGGCGGUGAGAAGAAGCUCCUGAACAAGGUCAGCGGAUAUGCCAAGCCAGGUAUAAUGGUUGCCCUGAUGGGAGCAUCGGGCGCUGGCAAGACGACGCUUCUUAACAUUCUCUCACAGCGCACAAACGUUGGUGUUGUUACUGGAGAAAUGCUUGUGGAUGGACGAUCCCUUGGCACCGAUUUCCAAAGAAACACUGGUUUCUGUCUUCAAGGCGAUCUCCACGACACAACUCAAACCGUGAGAGAGGCCAUCGAGUUUUCUGCCAUUCUGCGACAGGAUGCAUCAGUCAGCCGUGCCGACAAGCUUGCAUAUGUGGACAAAAUCAUUGAUCUUCUCGAGCUCAACGAUUUGCAAGACGCUGUCAUCAUGUGUCUUGGCGUCGAGCAGCGCAAGAGGUUGACGAUUGGCGUCGAACUGGCAGCCAAGCCAUCACUCCUUCUCUUCCUUGACGAACCUACCUCUGGUUUGGAUUCUCAAUCUGCUUAUUCGAUCGUGCGUUUCCUCCGAAAGCUAAGCCGAGCCGGCCAGGCAAUCAUCUGCACUAUCCACCAGCCAAGCUCUGUUCUUAUUCAGCAGUUUGACAUGGUCCUAGCCCUGAACCCUGGAGGUAACACGUUCUACUUUGGUUCCAUGGGAGAAAACGGACAAGACGUUGUCAAGUACUUCUCCGAUCGUGGCGCUGUGUGUCCUCCUAACAAGAAUGUUGCUGAGUUCAUCCUGGAGACCGCUGCUCGACCUCACAGGCGACCGGAUGGCACCAAGGUCGACUGGAACCAGGAAUGGGCUGAAAGUGAGGAAGCUCAGCAGGUCCUUGAAGAGAUCGACGGCCUCAAGCGAGUUCGAAGUUCUGCAACAGAAGGAACAAUAUCCGCUAAGAAGGAACACUCUGAAUUCGCUGCAUCAGCUUGGCUACAAACCGUCGAGUUGACCAAGCGCAUGUUCAGACAACAUUGGCGCGAUCCUUCCUACAUUUAUGGCAAGCUCUUUGUUUCAGUUAUCUUUGGCAUCUUCAACGGCUUCACAUUCUGGAACCUUGGUUACACGAUGCAAGACAUGCAAAACCGCAUGUUCACAUGCUUCCUGAUCAUAACAGUUCCUCCUACCGUCGUCAAUGGCGUUGUGCCCAAGUUCUUUACCAACAUGGCUCUCUGGCAAGCCCGAGAAUAUCCCUCUCGUAUCUAUGGCUGGGUUGCCUUUUGUACAGCAAACAUCGUUUCGGACAUUCCUGCCGCCAUCGUCUCAGCAGUGCUUUACUUCGUCUUGUGGUAUUGGCCCACUGGACUGCCGACCGAGAGUUCUGUCUCUGGCUAUGUUUUCUUGAUGACACUCCUGAUGUACCUUUUCAUGACAAGCUGGGGUCAGUGGAUUUGCGCAUUUGCCCCUAGCUUUACCGUCAUCUCCAACGUCUUGCCGUUCUUCUUUGUCAUGUUCGGCCUCUUUAACGGAGUGGUUCGACCUUAUACAUCGCUUCCAAUCUUCUGGAAAUAUUGGAUGUACUACGCAAACCCCUCAACGUACUGGAUCGGAGGCAUUCUUGCAGCAACUCUGGAUGGCGCUCCCGUGCGAUGUUCUUCCGAAGAGACUGCCAAGUUCGAUGCUCCUCCAGGCCAAACAUGCCAAGAAUACGCAGGAAACUUUGCAAGUUCUGCCGGCGGUUACCUCCUCAACCCCAGUGCCACAAGCUCUUGCGAGUAUUGCCCUAUGUCCUCCGGCAACGACUACCUCGCCUCGCUCAACAUCAGCGCGAGCGACAAGUGGAGAAAUUUUGGCAUCUUCCUUGCAUUUUGUGUGUCCAAUUGGAUGCUCGUAUACUUCUUUAUCUACACAGUCCGUGUCAAGGGCUGGAGUUUCGGGUUUGGAAAAGUAUUUGGCGCUUUGGGUAAAUUGGUCGACUUGAUCAAGAAGCCAUUUCAGCGAAAGAACAAGGAAUGA